CCACCACCACCACCACCACCACCAGCUCAAGAGCUCCGCGGCGAGUAGACGCACCAGGUCGGUGGAGCCGCGUCAGGACGACCUGCUUGACUUCAGCUUCCUGCGCCAGACGUCGGCGCUGGAGCACGUCAACGGCCAGCUGCUGUACAAGUGCGCCAGCUGCCUGUGGCGCUACCCGAGCCUGGCGGCGCUGCAGAGCCACAUCGCCCUCAGCUGGCUGGACGGCUUCAGCUGCCGCGUCUUCUACCGCAAGCUGCGCGAGAUGCAGCAGCGCGCCACCUACUGCCCCGUAGGAGGUAGUCUCAUGGGUGUGGGAGUGUGUGGCAGGGCCAGCUGUGGUGAGCACCGGGCCCACCUCAGCGUCAGCAUCCCCAAGAUCACUCUGACCAGACGUGGAGGCACAGGCGGAGGAGGUGGAGGAGGAGGAGGAGGAGGAGGAGGGGGCUGGGAGCCACAGAUCCGCCCCAAGACCACCGGCCCGAGCACGUCCAGGAUCCCUAGCAGGCAGGAGAAGAAUGGAGGAGAGACGGAGAAGGAGAAGGAAAGGGAGAGGGUGGAGAAGCGGAGAGAGAGGGAUAAGGAGUAUUGGGUGCUGGCGUCCGAGUCGGUCCACACGGCUCAGAAGAACAGCGCCGUGCAGAAGUGGCUGAUGGAGAUCCAGCCCCCCACCCCUGGGAAGACCUAAGAACAAAAAAACAAACAAACGAACAGAAAUCUGUAAAAACAGUUUUUUUCUUUUUCUUUUUUGGAAGUGCUUAGCAAAAAAGACUCUUAUUCUUUCAUUCCCCCCUUCUUUGGAAGUAUUCUUGUUUUGGAGGAGGAGGUGGGGUUUUUGGCAAUAAUAAACAAAUAUAUAUGAUAAAUAUGUAAGAAAAAUAUGACAUAAAAGUGUACGUCUGUUAGAGGCACAAAUUGGCAUUUAAUUGACAAGAUUAACUUAUUUAACUUUCUUAGCCAUAAUUUACUAUCAUGACAACAAAUAAAAAGAUAUUUAAGAAUCUUGAA